AUGAGUGUGGCGGACGGUGCCCCACCGGGGGCACCCAUGAUAGUAGAAACUGUAGAAACCCAACUUCAAAAUGGCGGAGAAAAUAGUUCGACGCAAAAAAGCGGUAUUGGUGCAUACCCAAGCCAGCAGACAAAGAACACGCAACAUCAGACCAUCUACCAAUACCAACGUACGGAUGAAGGCCCAUUCCGUGUGAUAGUGGAAAGAGAAAUCAAAGAAAACGACAGAUUUAAAGGAAUCAACAAGAUCAACAAUUUCGUCAUGAUCAAAGGAGUAAUCAACGGAAUUCCAGAGCAUCUGAGCGAAGAAAACAUUCUGGCAAACCUGGAAUGCAGUAUCAAAGUGGUGGAAGUUUUCCGCAUGACAAGAAGAAAAGAUGGCGAAAAGCUACCAACAAGCAGUGUUGGAACCUCGUUCAGAGGUACCAAACUACCUGCAGAAGUCAAACUGUACUUGGCAAGUGUUAAAGUAAACGCAUACGUAUACAAAGUGGUCAUAUGCCAACAGUGUCUACGAUACGGACACAUAGCCGUUAAUUGUAAAGGAAAACGCAGAUGCGACAACUGUGGUGGAGACCACGAGGAGAAGUAUUGCGGUCAGGAAACCAAAUGUGUGAACUGUAGCGGAAAUCACCGAGCAACAGAUGAGAGCUACGCCGAGGCGUUGAAAAAGAAAAAAGCAGCUGAAGUCGGGGUGAGCACCGCCAAGCGAGCCAAGAAGAAGAAUAAAAAGGCAACUAAACAGAGAAAGGAAGAUGAACAGUCAGAAGAGGAAGAAGAUGAAAUUGAGCAAGAGAUGCAGACUAGAAAGCGGAAAGCAACAGAAUAUAACAACCAAAACCAGGAAACGGAUGAAUCCAUGUCAGUGAAACGGUACCUAGAACUGCGAAACAGGUGGGAAGAAAAGUUGAAAGAGAUAGUGCAGCAGCGAGAAAAUUACAAGCACAUGGCCAGUGAAACAUUUAAAAAUCUUUCGACGGCUCUAAGCCGCAAUGAUGACUAG